UCUCUAUCUCUCUGUCUUUUGCUCUCAUUCUGUCUCUCUCUCUCUCUCUCUCUGUGUCCAAAUUCAGGGAGAGGAAAAUUUCAAUUUCUGGAGAUCGAAGCCAUUUUGCUCCUCAGUCCUCACAAAAACCCACUUUCCCGCAUUUUCCCGGAGACUUUCUUUUUUUUCCCGGAAAGUGAAGAAAGCAUGGGAAUUGCAAAGAGACCAUGUCUUUUGUGUCAGCUUUACUCUUUCCAGGUGUUGCAGGGACCAAACCACAUCGUUUUCGUUUGAAAAACCUGUGCUUUACUGCCUCAUUUCUUUCAGAUAGUUGAUUUUCCACAGAAGUUAAGAGUGGGAAUAUCUGGGUUUGGAGGCUAUUUGGAAGCUCAUAUAUAAAGCCCUUGCUUUGGCACCAGAAGGUGAAGCUAUUGUUCUUUCAAUUAUUUUCUGUGAAAUUGUAAGUGGGUUUUGAAUUUCUAGGGAUUUUGGGCAUCUGGAAUCUGGGGUUUUGGAAAAAUGGGGGCUUUAGUUGGUUUCUGUGAGAGGGGUUUGAGAUAUUGGAUUGGUGAAAUUUUGAUGAUUUGAAUGUGAAUGGACCAAAAGGGGUAGGAGUGUAACUUUGGGGCUGGGGGAUCGUGUGGCUGAAAAGUUGAGAUCUGUUUUGGGAACUUGAAGAGCAAAGUCAAUGAAUGUAGCUACUGCAAGUGUCAAAUCUUAUAUACUUUCAGAGUUUUUCUGGUGAUUUGAGCUUUUGAAAGUGAAAGAGAAAGUGGGUUUCAGUGAAUUUCGAAGAUGGGGUUUCGAUGAUUUGAGGCGGCUCAGGCAAAUUCAUAGUCGGGUUGGUUUUGUAGUUUUUUAUUGGGGUAAUAAAGCUGAGAUCUUUAGAGAAUUUGGUGUUCAACCAAAGGAGUGAUAUCGAUGUCAGGAGCUCCAAGAGUAAGGUCUAUCAAUGUGGCUGAUUCAGAGUCAAGGCCAGUGCUUGGACCUGCUGGGAACAAGGCAGGGACGUUCAGUGCGCGAAAACCGGCUUCAAAACCACUGAGAAAGGCUGAGAAAUUCGGCGAGGAGGUUUCAUCAGCUGAAGAGAAGAAAACCCGUCAAUCUCCAAUGCUUACUACCUCUCCUCAACCGCAUUCACCCAAGGUUCAUUCAGUGCUUCGUCGGCACGAGCAGCUAUUGCACUCUAAUCUUUCGCUAAAUGCAUCUUGUUCAUCGGAUGCCUCUACGGAUUCGUUUCAUAGUAGAUCAUCCACGGGUAGGCUGAUUCGAUCAAAUAGUGUAGGGAGUGGGAGGAAGCAGUAUGUUUCAAAGCCGAGAAGUGUUGUUUCUGAUGGUGGAUUGGACUCUCCUCAUGAUGGUUCACAGUCUAAGAAGAGAUGCGCUUGGGUGACGCCAAAUACUGAUCCAUGUUAUGCUGCUUUUCAUGAUGAAGAAUGGGGGCUUCCAGUACACGAUGAUAAGAAACUGUUUGAGCUUCUGGUCCUAUCAGGUGCUUUGGCUGAGCUUUCAUGGCCUGCCAUUUUAAGCAAAAAACACAUCUUUAGGGAAGUUUUUGCACAUUUUGAUCCCAUUGCCGUUUCAAAAUUGAAUGAGAAGAAGCUAAUAGCACCAGGAAGUGCUGCGAGUUCCCUAUUGUCUGAACCGAAGUUGCGUGCUGUCAUUGAGAAUGCACGUCAAACAACCAAGGUCAUAGAGGAAUUUGGGUCAUUUGACAAGUAUAUCUGGAGCUUUGUGAAUAACAAGCCCAUCGUCAGCCGAUUCCGGUAUCCUCGGCAGGUUCCGGCAAAAACUCCAAAAGCAGACGUCAUAAGCAAAGACCUUGUAAGAAGAGGGUUCCGGAGUGUGGGGCCCACUGUCGUUUACUCUUUCAUGCAGGUCGCCGGAAUCACCAACGACCACCUCAUUGGUUGCUUCAGAUUCCAGGAGUGCGUAAACGCCGCGGAAGGGAAGGGAGAGAACGGCACCAAGGAUGAGGCUGGAAAGAAAACGGAGAACGGGAUAGAAUCGGAGUUAUCGGUUGCCAUAGACGAGUUGAGUUUCUCGUCGGACUUGUGAAAGGCAAUGCCUUUGGUCAGCUCAGCAGGGUUUAAUCAUCAGUUAAGCCGCAUUGACCGAUUCGGAGCUACUCUUUGUAUUGAGUAGUAGUGAAGAGGGUUUUGUGUUGUAAUUAAUGAAAUUCUGAAGCAAAAUAUGGAUUCUGGCAAUGUGGAUUACUGAAGUGGAUUAAAAUUAAACUGGUGAUUUUGCUGUUGCUUGA